AUGCAGCAGUCUGCUACUCGCCUACGCUGUGACCCAACGGAUUAUGCCAAGCGGCAGCAAGAGAAGAAAGAGCGAGCUAAAGAACUUCGUACACAAAGACAGCGCGGGGUCUUCUCUGACGAGCAUACAUUCUCCCCAAAAAUAAACACGAGAGCUCGACAUCAUCCGCCGCCAGGUUCACGUGAAGAGCUCGAUCAGGCUUCAAAAUCGGACAGUAUGGCAUACCGAAACUACGACUACAACAACAAUCAUCAGGGCACGGACGACGGAAGCGACGCCCUGGAUUCCUUAUCGCGCAGGUAUCCGAAAAAAGCGUCGACAUCUGAGCAAAUGGCUUCGUUACAUGUUACGCCACUUGAUCCGGAGCAUGACUCCUUGUUCCGAGAAGUGAAACGAGCAACAGGAAGAGAGAUCGAAGACCUCCCUAUCAAGAAAACACUAGCGCCAUCACGGACAGGGAGCCAUACGGGUCCGUGUCUACGGAAUUCGAGUUGUGGUUGUCCGAAAUGUGGCGGUGGUGGCGUUGUCUCAAGUAACAUGAGUAAUGUCAAUGCGCAAGACGCACCUAUGCGUCGACGAGAGCUCAGGACCGAUCCGUAUCGAGAGAACACUGUGAUGGCAUCGCAAAACGAGAUGGGGAAUUCACUGAUGCUUCUCAAGUCCAAGAUGUCUCGUCGGAAAGCGCGGAGUGCACCAACGAAUCAGGCCUCACUGUUUGUAGAGACGAACACGCCUAGCGCUGUGAUUCACUCGGCACGCUUGCCAUCAUCCACCUCCAUGUAUCGAGAUACGCCGAGUCCACCACCAAGACAACAAGUGGCACCACGACGAGCUCCAGCUCAAGUAGCAGCUCCAGCUCCUCCUACCAAUCGCAAGACGCUCCUAGGCAAUGCUCAUGACGGAGAUAGCCACUAUCCUGCGCCGAUCAAUUCGGGGUUUAAUCUACCCGAAGAACUCGACGAGUACGGAGAUGGCUCGGAACAAAUGGAGCAGUGUCCGAACUGUAGUCGGAAAUUCAACGUCGUGUCAUUUCAGAAGCACCAGAAAGUUUGCGAAAAGGUUUUUUCUGGUCACCGCAAGGUGUUCAACAUGACAGCUAAGCGACUGGAAGGAACGGAAGCAGAAAAAAUAGCGAAGGAAGCCAAAGCGAAACACAAAGGUGCAGCUCGGAAGGCGCCUCUAUCAGCGACAGAGCAGCCGAUUAAGGUGAAAAGCGCUGCGGACUGGAAGCAAAAAAGCGACAUGUUCCGCAAUGCCAUGAAGGCCAGUCGAGACGUAUCGAAGGCAUUGAAGGAAGGGAAAGAGUUGCCUCCUAUGAUGCCGUCUGCGCCGGAUCCGAGUCUCAUCCAGUGCGAGUAUUGCAGCCGCCGCUUUAACGACAAAGCUGCAGAGCGCCACAUUAAUUUCUGUCGAGAAAAGACUCAACGUGACAGUAUGAAGGGAGGGGCGAAGCGAGCCCCAGCUCCAAAACCCGGAUCUCGAGCUGCAGCAACAAGAAGAAGAUAA